GGGGUGCUUAGUUGGUACGCUAUUCGGCCAAAAACCACCGAAAACAUUUUGUUUACGAAAAAACAAAAAAAAAGUUGUGUUACUCACACAAAAAUGUUGCGCUCCACACAGCCAUUCAAGUCGCUGCGCGCCUGUGUGAGGCUCUUAUCUCAUCGAGCUGUCUGUCUAUCAGUUUUGACAUAAAAAUUACCCCAGACGUGUGGGUACAUAUGCCGGGACUGCAGUGCAUUCUAUGAUAGUACCGUUUAUUGUCUCAUCUCUCGCUGUUUAGUACGGGCAUUCAUGCAGUCAGUGUCAGUGGUACACGGUGGGUGAGAGAGACGCGCGGUGACACUACAAUUAAUCAGUGAAGUGAAAGAAACUUGGAGGUCCGUGAUUUCCACGACUAAACGCUAAAUGGGUUAAAAUCGCAACAACGCGCUGUUGCCUGUGCUGUCUGCCUUUGUUUUUGGAGCUUAAUGAUUGGUUUAACGGUAGUUUGAGUUGAUACGCGCCAUUAGUUAGUUAACGCGCGCAACGCCGCUAUUUAGUUGAGUUUAGUCACUCGCGGCGCAGAUGACUAAAUUCGCAACUUUCAUAGACACGCAACACGUAAACGCCGUAUCGCACCAUCAUCCCCCAUCACACUUUGCUCGGAAUUAGGCGGACGCGCGGCCUUUUUAUUGGAAGCGUUAUACAUACAUACUUAUUUCUAUAUAUAUGUACAAGUACAUAUGUUUGUUUGGUUUGUUGUACAUUAAUUGUAAUUCGCUUUCGAAGGCAAUUGUGUUGACCUUUACCCCCAAAUAGUGCGCGCGUGUGUGUGUUACAGUAAAAAAAUUUAAAUUAGUGAAAAUUGUGCGAAAAAGCGUGAAGAAAAUUUAGUUCACAACAAAUAAGUGUUUUUGUUUUGUUUCUGUUAUAAAAAUUCCCUAAAUUAUGAAGAAAUCGCUCAGCACCACCCAUGAGGAUGAGGAGGAGGCGCCCGAGAGCAGUGCUGUCGGCGAUCAAACACGCCGCACACCGCCGCGUCUCAUGCAGAUGGGUCGCGCUUUUUCCGAAAUGUCACCGCUAAAUCCGGCCUCUGCGUCACCCUCCGCGCGCAGUGCAUCGAGCGCGGCUGCUGGCGCCGGCGCUUUGCAAUUUCGCCGUGACUCUGGCAACUAUGGCAGUAUUUUUCCUUUUGGAUUCUUGCGUCUCUCCCUACAAAAGACCGGAAGCUCGAUACAGCAUCUCAAUCGCUACGGAGAUUCUAUGGGUUCACUAGCACAUCGAGCGCUCCUACAAUAUGUGGAAAAUAAUGACCUGUCCGGUUUGCGCGCUAUCUUAGAUAGUCGGCAUUUAUCCGUCGAUGAUCGUGAUGAGAAUGGCACCACUGGACUUAUGGUUGUUGCUGGACGUGGCUUAACUGUUUUUGUGCGCGAAUUCUUGGCACGCGGCGCAGAUGUCCAAGCGGAGGACAAUGACAACUGGACGGCAUUAUUGUGCGCGGCCAAAAAUGGUCACUUCGAUAUCGUACAACUGCUCAUCGAUCACGGCGCCGAUAUUGAGCAUCGUGAUAUGGGCGGUUGGACGGCAUUAAUGUGGGCAGCUUACCGUGGUCACACCGAUCUGGUGCGUUUUCUGCUCGAGAAGGGCGCCGAUGUGAAUGUACACGGCAAUUAUCAUUUGGGUCCGCUGUUGUGGGCAGCAGGUCGUGGCUUCAGAGAUAUUGUUGAAUUGUUAGUGCAACGCGGUGCUAAGGUCAAUGUCGGCGAUAAGUAUGGUACAACAGCGCUGGUGUGGGCAUGUCGCAAAGGCAAUGCUGAGAUUGUCGAUACGCUGUUGAAGGCUGGCGCUAAUGUCGACACAGCGGGCAUGUAUUCAUGGACGCCGCUGUUAGUGGCCACCUCAGGCGGACAUACGGACUGUGUCACCUCGCUGCUGGAGAAGAAACCCAAUGUGAAUGCGCUGGAUAAGGAUGGCAUGACCGCGUUGGCGAUUGCGAGUCGUGAAGGCUUCCAGGAAAUAUGCGCGGCUCUAAUCGCCGCUGGCGCCUACAUCAACAUACAAGAUCGAGCCGGCGAUACGCCCCUCAUACAUGCCGUCAAAGGUGGUCAUCGCGGCGUUGUUGAAGCGCUGCUCAAGAAGCAUGCUGAUGUCGAUAUACAAGGCAAGGAUCGGAAAACCGCUAUAUACACCGCUGUGGAGAAGGGUCACACACACAUCGUGAAGAUACUCUUAUCUACCAAUCCUGAUCUCGAGGCGGCGACUAAAGACGGCGAUACUGCGCUGCUGCGCGCUGUACGUAACCGUAAUCUGGAGAUGGUGCAAAUGCUGUUGGAUCGCAAGGCCAAGGUGACGGCGAGCGAUAAACGCGGCGACACCUGCUUGCAUAUCGCUAUGCGCGCGCGUUCCAAAGCGAUUGUGGAGGCGUUACUGCGCAAUCCCAAGAACAGUCAGCUCUUGUAUAGAGCCAAUAAGGCUGGCGAGACGCCCUACAAUAUCGAUACCAUACAUCAGAAAACCAUAUUGGGACAGGUGUUCGGCGCGCGUCGUCUCAAUACGAAUGAAGACUCGGAAGGCAUGCUCGGCUAUGAAUUGUACUCAUCUGCUUUAGCUGAUGUACUCAGUGAACCCACAUUAACCACACCCAUUACGGUGGGUUUGUACGCCAAAUGGGGUAGCGGUAAAAGUUUUCUGCUCAACAAACUACGCGAUGAAAUGAACAACUUCGCUCGCCAAUGGGCGGAACCGCCCAUCAAUACAAGCGGUUUGAUGUUUCUCGUAAAUCUGCAUAUCGCGCUGGUGCUAGGCACCGUAGUCGGCCUAUCUUCGUGGUCUGCCAUGUGGGGCGGUAUAGCGGCUGUGCUUUAUUUAGUGUUCACAUACCUCCUGCUUGCCAGUAUUAACUAUGCCAACAAUCAUAUGGACGUCUAUUGGGCCUAUUCGGUGCAACAUGGUAUUAUGAAGCGCUUCGGUCGCCUGCGUCUCAUAUUACAGGUCGCCUUCUGUCAUCCGCCCGGUGCGCAAGCGGACGCACAAGCGAAACCGGUUCGUUUCCAUUUCGCUGAGGCGAGCAGCGCGUCGCCUACGGGUGAGAGCGCAGUCACGCAUAUGUUGGUUGCGCUCUUUGAGGCCAUCGAAUCGCAUUAUGGCUGGCUAUCGACACGCUUGUAUCGCGCGUUUCGUCCCAAAGCUGUGAAAGCGACAUCCGGUUGGCGCUGGCGUCGCAUGUGCUGCAUGCCGAUUGUGAUCAUUUUCGAGUUAUGUCUAUUGACACUCAUCACCGGUAUUUCGCUCGUGGUGGCGUAUUUCACGUACGCUACCGACGAGGAAAAGGAGCGGAUACUCGUUUCGAUUUAUGUGAUCUGCGCCAUUUUAGUAACGCUUAUCUGCACGAAUUUACACGGACUGGCGAAAGCGUUCGGUUCGCUGUUCAUUUCACAAGGACGUCAUUUGCGUCGCUCGGUGCGUCACAACGAAGGCGCGCCACUCACUGCAAUGGGCGCCGAGGUGGCACUCAUGACCGAUAUGGUGAAGUGUCUGGAUGCCUUCACGAAUCAACAAAGCCGUCUUGUAGGCGUGGUAGACGCACUGGACUCCUGUGAUACGGAGCGCAUACUUAGCGUGCUCAACGCCAUACAAACGUUGCUCUCCUCACCGAAUCGUCCGUUUGUGCUGCUCAUCGCUGUCGAUCCGCAUGUGAUUGCCAAGGCAGCAGAGGCUAAUAGCCGUCGCCUAUUUACUGAAGGCGGCAUUGGUGGCCAUGACUUCCUACGUAAUCUGGUGCACUUGCCGGUGUAUUUGCAGAAUUCUGGUCUGCGUAAAGUGCAACGCGCUCAAAUGACUGCUAUGCUCUUCAAACGCAACUACAGUGAUUUCCCCAACGAAGACGGUCCAACAUUGGGACAUUCGGUGUCGGCGCGUCGCUUGUCCAAUGCUUCGGAAAUAAUGUCCAGUCAAGAGAAAUUGCGCACUUCGCAUAAUCCUGGACGCAGCGGUGGCAAGAAGAUGCGUCUCUCCGAAUCGGUUGCCAGUUCGAUUGGUUCCAAUUUGCAUCGCUUGGGUCAGAAUCCGCAAGGUGUGCUCGAUUUGUCGCGCAUCAUGUUGACCGAUGACUACUUUAGCGAUGUGAAUCCGCGCAGCAUGCGUCGUCUUAUGAAUGUCAUCUACAUAACAGUGCGUCUACUGAAAGCAUUCCAAAUAGACUUUAGUUGGUAUCGUUUAAGUUCUUGGAUCAAUUUGACGGAGCAAUGGCCGCUGCGCGCCAGCAUGAUUGUGCUGCAGCAUGACAACUUCAUGGAUUCAUAUGACGAUAAUGUGUCGUUACAAGCUGUGUAUGAAAAAGUACGUCCAAAAAUCGGUUGCCUACGCGAGGCAGCACCAUUGCUCGAGCUCGAUCGCGAUGAACGUAAAUUGGACGCAUUCUUGCAAUUGCAUAAAUCGGAUUUGUUAGUGGCGGAUUUGCGUAUAUUCCUGCCUUUUACUAUCAAUCUCGAUCCAUAUUUGAGAAAAGUUUUGAAAGAGGACCAACAAUCGAUCGAAGAUGAGGGCACACUAAUGUUGCAGAAUAAGCCGAGCGUUAAUCCUGCCAUACGCAUACCCCCACCAACACCGACGUAUGUGCCUUCGCCUGCUGCUUAUCCACCUUAUCAAUUAUUCCACAACGACUAUGAGUUGAGACAUCGAAAUGCCAGUAUAAAUUCGGAGCCGGCAAUGACGCCAUUAAUGGGCUCGCCAAGUGAUUCGUUUGGUGAUGACGUGCUACAGACAAAACUAUCUGACCUAACAGUGGAAGGUGUCAUCAGCUUGCUGGAACGCGUCGAUGACUUGCGUCCCGCCUUAGCGAAGCUGUCACCUAUUCUAAAGGAGAAUGCCAUAAAUGGGCGUGUACUGAAAUAUUGCGAUAUCAACGAUCUGAAAGGGGUGCUCGGUCUCAAUUUUGGCCACUGGGAAUUAUUUAGAUUACUUAUAAACACACUGCGAGACUGUGAGAAAAUGCAACGUAAAUUCAAGCCAACACCCGCGAUAGCCGAUGUGCCAGCAUCGAAUACGACGACCGCAAAAGACAGCACAGACACACAUACGCUGGCGCCGAGUCAACCGCAUUCGCGUAAGAACUCAACCACGAGUCAUAUGGAGAAGCAGGUCACACUGGAGGAGCAAAUGAUUUGCGGCGCAUUGCAAACCCUCAACGAGGAGGCCUUCGAGGAUGUGGCGAGCAGUGAGCGACCCAGCCCAUCGGGUUUGCCUACAGGUGAGAUGUUAGCUGCAGCUGCACAACUGCAAUUAGCGCCCAUACGCGAGUCAUCGGAAUUCGGUUCACCGUCCGAUGACCUCAAAUUUAAUCACUUCCUACAAUUUGCCAACAACAACAAUAACAACUAUGGCAAUUUUCCUACCCAACAACAUAACCAUAGCGACAGCACGCAUUCGUUGCAAAGUAUCGGUAUCGGUGGUGGUAUUGGUGGUGGUGUUGGUAAUAUUGGUAAUGGAGGCACUGGCAUUCUUAAUACUGCUAAUGUUGGUGGUGGCGUUGGCGUUGGCGACAUGUAUAAGUUGCGUCAUAGUAUUGUUGGUGAUGCCAGCACCCAAGCCGCUGUACAAUUGUUGGCCAAUCAACAACAACAACAACACCAGUUGACAGCUGGUGGGCAUGGUCACUACCAUCGCAAUCAGCGCCAUCAUUCCGUAGGUGAUGAUUUACUAUAUGAAAGUCUAAUGCCACAACCACAGCAACAAUUGCGUUCGCCUAUACAGCAACAACAACAGCAGCAGCAGCAACUACAACGCAAUACAGUACCAACCGUUGUUGUAAUACCAAAUACAAAUGGUGAUCAUGAUAUCAGCGAUACGCCUCUAUAGUAAAACAAAGUGUUGAAAUUCGAAGAAAAUAUGUGUAUUUUCGAAAAUUCGGUUCGAACAUUCUUUUUGUAACUAUGCAAUAAUGUGGUGCCAGGCACAAAUGCAAUUAUCUAAACAAGUUCAUCUAAUAUUAUGUAUUUAUUGUGGUUAUUGGUCACACACCCUCCCAGAACUGCACCACUACUAGCACACACCCACACACAUUGUUGGCACAUAACCUCAAAUACAUAUACGUACACUUGAAGAAUUAUAAAAUUGUGUUACAAGAGUUAUUCUUUGAUGAUGAUACAGCGUUACAGUAUGCACUUUGAGCCCGAGAACUUUCAGCAUUUAACCAGUCUAGCGGAAUUUAAAAAAAAAACUUGUAUUUGGAGUGCAGUAUUUUUUUAUAGUAGCCGAUUUAAUUUCGAUUAUUUGACAAAAUUUUAUAUAUAUUUGACGAAUUCAUAGCUUAAUAUAACUAUGCAGAGAACAUUUUUAUUGUUUUUUUUUAUUAUAUUUUGAAAAAUUCAUAAUAAAAUUGAAACUAGUAUUUUUUAAUUAAACUUAUGCUGUGGCGAAUGUCAAGCUGAUAAGCCACAUUAGUUAAAUUCGUUGUGGAGAAAUUUUAGUUUUGAAAAUUUUUAAAAGAAUAUAUUUUUUUUUGAAAUUUGUUAAAAAAUGCAUUUUUGAAAAGUUUUGAUUUCGAAAUUUUGCUUUUGUAAAUUUAAAUUUGAGUUCAUAUCUUUAAAAACAGGUUUUUAAGAUAUUUUGAUUUAAUAUUCGUAAGAGGUUUUGUUUCCAAAACCGUUUCCGAACUGUAAAAAUUGGUUUUUAAUUAAAAACAAAUUUCAAAAUUGUUUUGAAAUCUUAAACAUUAUAAAUCCUUCACAUUUAGGCGCAUAGAUAAAAACUUUAGCUAGAAAAAAUCAUACUUUUAGUAAAAUUUCUUGAAAUUUGAAACUUUAGCUGCUCAAUUUAGAAAAUGUUUGGAAAGAACCACGUUUUUAAAUAUUCAACAAAUGAAUUUAUAUAUCAUAAACUCAACUUGAAACACUAUAGUUACAUGAUAAAAAACGAGACCAAUUCUACACUUCAAUUAAUGAAUAUAAACAACAACUAUUUAUAUUUUUAUGCUAUUUUUAUAUAUUUUUUUACUAACUUAUAUACUUUUGUACAUGCCUGCAUGCAUAUGAAUCUGCUCAUUUGAACUAAAACUAAUUUUUUAUAACGAAAAAAAUUGCAUUAAACUUGAAAAUACGACAAACCAACAAAAACAUAUCUCAAGCUAAGCUUCACUUCAAAAGUUUUUAAAGCCUUUUAGGUUAAUUGGAAGUACUACAUGCGAGAUUUAUAUGUGAGGCAGUAAAAUUAAGCUGCUUAGAUGAUUAUAUGUCAUAUGUGUUGGUAUUUUAAAACUAAUGAAAUGAAAUAUUAAUUACCGAAUGUAUGAGGUGAAUAAUGUUGAAGGAGUGCAGAAUGCUUAUUAGAGAGCAGAAAAUUAAAAUAAUUGUGGAACACCGUUCAUAUGUGUUGGAGGUAUAUACUAUUUGUAUUUGAAUUCAACCGAUCUCCACAAGUUGAUGGAUUUUAUGCUCAGCUUUUUUAUAACAGAAAUGCACUGAGAGGGGUUUGGAAUUCAUUCUCAAGCGGCAGUCGUUAUUAGAAAAAUAAUUUUUCAGAUUUCAAUGCGUUUACAAUUUGAAACCACGACCCACCGUAUGGCAGUUACAAAAACAGCUGGAAGUAUAAAAGCAGACAUAACCUCAAAUGUGAAGUAAAAAAUUCAGCUAACUAAAGCAUAGUUAAUUAUAUCGUGAUGGUAUGAUUUUAUGGGUCUAAAGUUAAUUUGUAUACAAACUAAAAAUGUGUCUACACAAAAAAAAAAACAUAAAAAGUUGCGAAAAUGUAUUCUAACCUAGAAAAUUUACUAUAGGCAAUGGUUUAAUGGUUGUUUUUAUAAACUAAAGUUAAUCAAUGAUUUUAAUAUUACAUUCCAUUAAAUUUAUUGGCAGUCACAACUUAAGUAUGUAUGUUUAUGGAAGCUUAACAGAAACAUUUGCAUGUCUAAUGGCUGAAAGAAGCAAAUUUGAUUUAAUUUUUUCUCCGAAUACGCAAGAUAAAUAAUAAUUUAUAUAAUCAUUGAAUUUUUUAGUGAGUUUAUAUUGCAUUGCUGAGGUAUUAAUUUUACUAUUUUUGAAUUUUAUAUAUUCUUAACGGUAUUUUCUCUAUUAAUUUUUAUUUCUGAAUGGAAUUUAUCAUAAACACGUACACUAGACACAUACAUCCACAUACCAAUGAAUGUUGAAUUAAUUAACUGCAUACCUUACAUGGCAUAAAAAUAUGUUUGUUACUAACAAUAAAUACAUUUUAUAAAAAAUAUGAAAAUAAAAUAUCACAAACUCUAAUUGUAGUGUAGCGGGUGUUGAAACUAUUUUUAAACUAAUUUAAAAAGAAGACUUAAUAAAACUUAUCAUAAAUGCAUGUUUAAUUGUUUAAGCAAA